AAAUUAUUUUAGAAUUAAAAUAAUUUAAUUUAUUUUUUCUCAAAUUGUUGCUCGUUAAUUACCGUCUGCUAGUUUAUUAAAUUGUCGUCUGUUUUCGUAGAUAAACGUGUCAUCGAUAUUUUUACACUUGGCUGAUCUGAACUGGUUCCUAUUGAUACUGGUACCCAGUCGAUAUAAUAUAAAUACCAAUAAUCUCGUGCAGUUCUCUCACAUUUUGCUAGCUACACCGUCGGUAACGUCAAAACUAUUUACAUGUUUUGAUUUAUCAUCGCAAUGCCUCGUGGUCAAAGGCGGGAACUGAUAUUUCGAAGGAAUCCUUGCAACAGAAAUAUUCUGCAGUAUGCUCCUCAGGACAAUGGCAAGAGGGAUGCUAGGUGCAGAUGCUUUAGAAGAGAAUGUUGUUGACGGUGUUACCAAUCUUCUGCCGAUAUACUCAGAAAGCCCCGGAACUGUAUCGUUCGGUGAUGUAAGCUGUUUCUGUCAAGUGCCAUAUCACAGACGACUACCAUCUCUUCUGCGAGAGAAAGCCUUCAAUCUAUGGAACAGUCAGAAUCCCCAGAUACCCCGCCAGUUCCUGAUGAAAAAAAAUUCACGGUACAAAUAUUUAACAAAUUUUUCACCAACCAACUUUGUUCGCUCGGAUAUGGUGGCUGUUGUUGAGAGGUUGUACCGAAUUAUGAUUGUUUCCGGGAAAUCUACCCUUACCUUUUAUCUUUUACUAUUUGUUAGUUGCAUGUCUUUUUCGGGAAUACUUGAUAUUGACAAUAGCCAUAUUGGACAGUACUGCGUGGUAUCGUACGAUGGUCGGCCAUAUCCUGGCAUUAUUCAAGACGUUGACACAACUGACUUCGAGUUGAAUGUCGUGCAUUUCGUUGGCGAGAACCUUUUUGUCCGAACCGAAGUGACGAUGUUCCCUAGUACAACCUUGAACAGUUCAUAAUUCUGAUUUCACCACCCUGAAAGUUGACUCGGCACUUUGACAUUCAGAAAGAUAUAUGGAAGAAAAUAAAAGACUAUCUAAACAUAUGAGGUACAUAGGUGACUUGGCACAAUCAUGUUAAUAAAUGAUAGAAAAUAUAUAGCGAACAAUAACUGCACUGUAAAAAUACGCCUGAAAAGGGAUUCAAGGGAUUUAAGGUUGUUAGAAGCAGUAUUUUAUUAUUGUUAAUGACGGUUUGUUAGAGAUUGUUCUGUAUUUUGUUAUCUUUUCUUCAGUAAUUGAGUUGGUCCUGAGCAAAUCUUCAGAGUGUUGUCAGGUUUAAGUCUUAAAUAUGUUGCAAAGGUAUACACUGUUAGUCUGAAAAGGAUUUCAAUGGUGUUAACCCUUAAACGCUAGACUAUGUUAGGCACAGACCAGCUUAGGCGCAGACAGUCGGCAAGCAACCAUGCCAGCUGAUCAGGGUCUAAACAGUUUGCUGCUUAAUCAGUAAAUAAUGUAUCUGUGUCUAAGCAACGAGAUCAAAGGCAAGGUUGUGGGCAGGCUGAUCUGCUCGCAAAGGCCUACACAAUCCAGCGGUUUAAGGGUUAAAAUCAUUAUCUAUGUAUUGUAAAUGAUAGUUUGUUGUUUGAUAAUGAAUCUUUUCGGCUGUACCUGUCGUUGGUCUGAGCAAUCAAUGUAGCCUAGAACUGGUUGUGAAGGUGUAAAAUGUAAGCCUGGAAAAAGGUCUAGAGUUUUUUUAUUGUUCAUCACUCAAGCUAAAUGACAGUUUAUAUUGUUCGUAGUAAAUGAGGUUGGCACUGAGAAAAACU